AUGAACGCGGCUUCUCGCCCUAAACACCGCAUCGCUAUGAAAACUGUACGAGCCUCGACGUUCGUCGCCCGGGUCGCGGCGCCCAGGGAUAAGAAAAGCGCCGCGCCGGUCUCCACACAGCGAGUGCCGUUGCCACGCACUCGCGGCUCCCGGAGUACCACAGCUCUUCCGCCCAGAAAAAUCAACGUGACCAUAUUCGUCGUGAUCAGUUCCUGCGCGUCGGUCGGCCGAGACGUACCGAAUUCACGAAAUUAUAGGCCACACAUUUGGGUUGAAAAGUUAGAAAAUUCGCCCCACCAAAAACAGCAGGAGGACAAAACGGAUAAAGUUGUUGGUUUCGCAACCCAAAUGCCACACUCCCAUGGCAAACAGCACAAACCUCUCGCAGGAUCCGUGUCUUUCGAGACCUUUUCACGUUUGCGACGUUCCUUAGAUGUCAAUCACCAUGUGAAAAGCGGCCUGAUAUCCAAGAAACGGAUCGACUACGCCUUGAAAUUGUGAGUGA